AUGUCAAUGUUCACCAUGUCCCAACAUCACCAAUACGCCUACCCGGCAACAGCUCCCGCUCCCAGAGCAUACUCUGGACACGGAACCAGCAGCGCCUUCAGCAGCUCCGCCAACCCUGAUGAAGACUGGACCAAGAUCUCCGACCUCGCUGAGCGCAGGAGGAUCCAGAACCGCAUUGCCCAGCGCAACUACCGCAAGAAGCUCAAGAGACGCCUUGAGGACCUCGAGAGACGCGCUGGCCAGGAAGGCACAUCCCCCACCGAGAAGCCCGCGGCAACCAAGAGCACCAAAAGCAAAGCGGCGGGCAAGACACAAAAGACGCCCCCACCAACAAAGACCAUGAACCAGGGCCAAUUCACUCCUCCUAUGAACAACGACGACGAGGUCUUCUUCGCACAACAGCACUACGAGGAUGACCGCGGCAGAUCCAUCACUCCUCCGUUCCUCACAUACUCAACCUACCCCCCGGCUGAAGAGAUGAUCAUGGCUCCCGCUUACACCACACAACCGUACCCCAUGUCUGCCGCCGAGUAUCCCACAUAUCUCGCCGCAACGGUACCGGUCACGUUACCGCCCAUGAACCACUUCCAAGACGCCAUCAAGCGCGAAUCGUACCACAGCGACGACGGUCUUUCUCCCUACAUGAACUACGCGUACAUGCCCAGCAUGGACAUGAACGCGCAAAACUCCUACGACCCCACGAACCCUCAUACUCCUCCGCUCUCACACUCGUUUGACCACUCGGCCAACUGUUCCGACGCCGGCUACGAGUAUCCCACAACACCACUCUCCAUGCCGGGAUCUCCUGGCAUGAUCCAGCAAUAG